GAGCAGCUACCUGUAAUUUUCGUUGUAGGGUAGUGUUCUUUAACCGUCAAACAUAAGCACAGUGGGUUUGUUUGUUCGAUUGGAAAUGGACGGCGUGCCUUGUCUUCGUGUGUCUCAGUGUCAUGCACAGCAGUUCAGGAGAUGUCUAGAGUCCAAAGGAGCUCUUGACCUGAGUUUGUGCUUAAUGAAAGACUCAAAUGGGACAGUCCUCCUGCCCAUCUUGCCAUCUUGUCUGUCACAACUUGAUCUGCAAUCUCUCAGAACAAUGGUGGCUUCAGGCAGUGUUUGUGAAAUAGUUUGGAGUCAGUCUCCUCUGCAGUCAAAGAAGGAGAGAGGAAGGACACAUGGUAAUAAAUUAGAGAAAGUACUUCAGGAGCUGUUGGAAACUCACGAUGAAAGAUGGACAGAGGAGCUGAGAGGGGACCUCCCUCGCAGCUUCCAGAGGCAUGGAGACCUAGUCCUGCUGGGAGACAGCUGUUUCUGCCUGCCGCUAUGGAAGAAAAUGGAUCAACACUUGUGGAGUGCAGUGGCCAAAGGACUGGGGGCAAAGCGCCUGGCAAAGAUGAGUCGAAUAUCCAGGGAUGGAUUUAGGACUCCCGUAGUGACGAUGCUGGUAGGAGAGCACAGCUGGGUGAAACAUGUAGACAAUAGGAUCAGGUAUGAGUUUGAUGUUACCAAAUGCAUGUUCUCAGCUGGAAACAUAACAGAGAAGCUCCGAGUGGCUGGAUUUGACUGCAGAGGGGAGACUGUUGUGGAUUUGUAUGCAGGUAUUGGAUACUUCACUCUACCAUAUCUGGCACACGCGGGGGCCAGUCAUGUUCACGCCUGUGAGUGGAACCCUGACGCAGUUAAAGCUUUACAGAAAAACCUCGUGGCGAACGGGGUGUCUGACCGCUGCACUGUUCACCAAGGAGACAACCGACAACUCCAGCUGUGUGACAUUGCUGACAGGGUGAACCUGGGUCUCAUUCCGAGCUCUGAGGACGGCUGGCCUGUUGCCUGUCGACUGCUGAAGAGAGCAACUGGUGGCAUUUUGCACAUUCACCAUAACGUUACCUCACCAUUACCGGACGCGGCAGCCAUUCCAGCAAUCGAUGAUGCCACCCAGAGGGUUUCUGGGAAGGCGGCUGACAGAGAGGUGUGGCAGGCCUGGGCCGAUGACACAGCAAACCGCAUCACCUCUCUUUUAAGGGACAUCACUGGUGCACUGUGGAUAACAAGCAUCCAGCACAUUGAACAUGUUAAGUCAUAUGCACCUCAUGUUCACCAUAUAGUGCUGGACCUGGAGUGCAGACCGUCCUGAGCUAAAGAGAUGAACACAGAUACUGAGUGGACAGUAUGGCAUUCAACCUUUUGAUGUUUAUAUAGAAAGAAAUGUGCAAUUGUA